CUAACACUAGUGCCUUUGUCCACAUGACAGGCUGGUGACUGCUGAGCGCUUCCUUCAGCAGCGGGAGCGGGGAGAGGACCAUGGACAGCGGCACACACGUCAGUACACAACUCACACCACCUACAAUGGCAGCAAGUUCAGCGCUCCCCUCUGCUCCCGACACUACUUUCUGAUCCAUUGACUCAAGCAGGCUGAACUUACUUAGAGAAUAAGCAUACCAUUUUUGCUGCUUUACAAUGCCAGUAUUAAAGAAACCCACACUGGAAAAAUCAGAAAGCAAAGGCUCACAAGAUGCAGAGGAGUUACCAAAGCUACCAGUGCCUCCUUUACAACAAACAAUGGACACGUAUCUGAAAUGCAUGAAACAUCUGGUGUCAGAGGAGCAAUAUAAAAAAAGUAAAGCUGUCGUGGAGAAGUUUGUGAUGCCCGAAGGCCUGGGGGAAAUGUUGCAACAAAAAUUGCUCGAGCGGAGAGAGAAAACAGAAAACUGGAUACAUGAAUACUGGCUUGCUGACAUGUAUCUGAAUAACCGCCUACCCCUGCCGGUUCAUUCCAGCCCAGCCGUAAUAUUUGCGCGACACAAUUUUCAGGAUUCCAAUGAUCACCUGAGGUUUACAGCAAAUCUCAUCUCCGGAGUGCUCGAUUAUAAAACUUUAUUGGAUCUGCAUGCUUUGCCAAUGGACUAUGCUCGUGGUCAACUAUCUGGUCAGCCUAUGUGUAUGAAGCAGUACUAUGGGCUCUUCUCAUCUUACCGUCUUCCAGGUGGCAUGAAAGACACAUUAGUGGCACAAGAAAGCAGUGUUAUGCCAGAACCAGAGCAUAUAAUUGUUGCUUGUAACAACCAGUUCUUUGUAUUAGAUGUUGUCAUCAACUUUCGCCGUCUCAGUGAAGGGGACCUAUUUACCCAGCUCAGGAAAAUAGCUAGGAUGGCAGAAAAUGAAGAUGAGAGACUUCCACCAAUUGGAUUAUUGACGUCUGAUGGAAGAUUAGAAUGGGCCCGAGCAAGAGAGAUUCUAAUGAAAGACUCUACAAACCGUGACUCUCUAGAUAUGAUUGAAAGAUGUAUGUGUCUAGUGUGUCUAGAUGCACCAACAGGUGUAGAGCUGAAUGACACCAACAGAGCUCUUCAACUUCUUCAUGGUGGAGGUUACAACAAAAAUGGUGGAAAUCGAUGGUAUGAUAAGCCUAUGCAGUUUGUUGUAGGAAGAGAUGGAGUUUGUGGAACUAUAUGUGAACAUUCUCCUUUUGAUGGAAUAGUCCUCGUACAAUGUACCGAACAUUUGUUGAAAUACAUGAAAAGUAGUCCCAAAAAAUUAGUGAGAGCAGAUUCAGUCAGUGAACUUCCAGCACCUAGAAGACUCCGGUGGAAGUGUUCCCCUGAAAUUCAAGGCCAUCUGGCAUCUGCUGCUGAAAAGCUACAAAGGAUAGUACAAAAUCUUGAUUUUACAGUGCAUAGGUUUAAUAAAUAUGGAAAGGAGUUUAUCAAAAAGCAGAGAAUGAGUCCUGAUGCUUUCAUCCAACUAUCACUUCAGCUUGCAUUCUACAGGUGCCACAGGAGACUUGUCCCAACCUAUGAGAGUGCUUCCAUACGACGCUUUCGGAUGGGGAGGGUGGACAACAUAAGAUCAUCCACUGCUGAAGCUCUAGUAUUUGUGAAGGCAAUGAUAGAUGGAAAAGCUACAGUACCGGAUUCAGAAAAAAUGGCUCAUCUUCAAAAUGCUAUUGAAGCUCAAACAAAUUACACUAUUUUGGCUAUUACAGGAAAGGCAAUAGACAACCACUUGCUAGCUCUUAGAGCAUUAGCACAUGAACACUGCAAGGAACUACCUGAGAUCUUUACAGAUGAUAUGUUUUCAAUAAGUAAUCGAUUCAUUCUCUCCACCAGUCAGGUUCCUACCACAAUGGAAAUGUUCUGCUGCUAUGGCCCAGUGGUCCCAAAUGGAUAUGGUGCCUGCUAUAAUCCCCAGCCUGAAAACAUCCUUUUCUGUAUCUCAAGUUUCCGAGACUGUAAAGAGACUUCAUCCACUAUGUUUGCCAAAGCUUUGGAAGAAAGCUUAACUGAUAUGGGGGACCUUUGUCUAAAGUACAACGCUAAGCCACAAACACCAGCAAAAGAAAGAAAAUCAGAGUCUAAGAAUGGGCAUGGAACCUAGCUGACUUUACAUAAUUGAUGCAAUCAUCUAUAGUAGAUAUAUUUUGCUAAACAGGUAAAUAAGUGUAAAGGAAAGAUAAAUCUAUAUAAAGCAACACUGCAUUUAAAAAAAAAAAUCUUUAAAAUGAUACAUCUUCAAACAGUGUUUUAAGUGGUGUAGUCAAUGAUUUAAAAUAGUUCUAAAGGCAGAAGAUUUUUUUACCUAGUGCAUUUUCUACAUUAAGGUAUAAAACCUUCUGUAUACAGAUCCCCCUUAGCCCCCCCAAUACUUACCUGAUCCUGAUGUCAAUCCUUUGUUGUUGCAUAAGAGCAGCAUUGACGCGCUAUCUCUCUCCCUCCUCACUGGCUCAGAAGCAGCAGCUGCAGGAAUAGAAAAAGAAAGACUGCCGCUCCAGGUGAGUGCAAUGAGCAAUCAAUGUCCUCUCAUUGCUGCGGGAAUAACUUGAAUUAUAAUAAAAAUUCUCAAGGCUCAUCCCUACUACUAUAUCACUACAGCAGCAGGAGCCCUUGGCUCAAGCUGCUGUCAAUCACAGGGAGCAGAUGGGAGCUUAGCCACAUUAUGUGUGUGAAAUAUAAAGAGCAGUUUGGGAGUAAGCCUGCCUGAGUGCCCCCAUAGUAAGUGGCUUGCUAUGGAGGCAUUCG